AUGGUGGACUGUGGUUUCGAUGCCUACCAACUUCCUGUGGUUCCUAGGGCUUGUAGAUCACCCAGGGGACGCAGGCAAAAAUGGAAGAAAAAACUUAGAUCCGAGUCCGAGGUUUUAGCCCAAGUGGUCGGAAAAUUGCCAGGCGAUUGCAAGAACCGAGUUGCUAUAGCCCAUGAACCAAAGGAAGAUUUCUUCGUCAAUAACUUCUUAGAGACAAUGGAAGUUAAGGUUAAGCCUCAACUUGGUCGAGAAAAACCUUCUCCGGUGUUAUUGUCUAAGGACUGGUUAGCUUUAGGUCCUUCCAUAUCUAGCUCUCCAAUCACAGAAGAAGGAAACUCCGAGAUUGAUGGGAAAAGAAAGAUGUGUUACACGAAAGGGCGAGGUUCGUGUAGUAGCCAAGAAUCGCAGAAUAUGUAUCCAUUGAAGAAAAGAAAGUUGUUUAACCAAAAUCAUCGACCUGAAUCAUGUGAUGCUCCAAGUACCGAGCUAUUGGUGGACAUUUCCGAAUCAGCGACGGUCGGUUCACUGAAAAUAGCAGUACAUGAGGCAGUAACACGGAUUCUUGAGGAUGGAAUAAACAUAGGAGUGCUUCUUCAAGGUAAAACCAUCGUUGAUGACUCCAAAACACUUCUUCAGAUUGGGAUCCCUCGUGAUGAUGAUGAUGACCACAACCUCAGCUCUUUGGGAUUCACGCUAGAACCGCGAUCAUCAGAAACAACAACAAGAACGUUAAUCUCUUCUUCCCCCAAAACGCGUCUUAGGGCUCCGGGGUCCAUGGAGAGCAUUGAAACGGUGGUAGCUAAAGCCGUGGUUCCGGUGCGCAUGAAACCGGCAUCACGGUCAGAGAUGGUUCAAAGGAGAAUCAGACGGCCAUUCACUGUCUCAGAAGUAGAAGCUUUGGUUGAUGCCUUAGAGAGGCUCGGCACCGGAAGGACAAAUGGAAAACGUUGGUUCACACGGCAAAGAUAUCAGCAAAGCAAAGGAGAGGCGAACCAGUGCCUCAAGACCUUCUUGAUAGGGUUUUAG